AUGGAAAGUACAGGGAGGCUGAACGAUGCCUUACCUACUAGCAGGGUGCGGACAAAGAAGGAAGAGAUAAGGUUGUAUACUGAUGCAGCUAUAUCAGCUAAACGAGCCAGGACUGGACAAGGGAUUAUAACAAGGAAUUGGAAAGGACAGCUUUCGAAAGCAAAAGGAAUUGUCACACAGGGAAAGGGAUCGGCAAGUGAAGUGGAAGCUCGGGCUGUGAGAAAUGCUCUACUGAUGGCUACCCAAGCAGGUUGGACAAAAAUUAUAGUCCAUACAGACUGCAAAUCAGUGGUUGAGCAGAUUACUAAAUGCAAGGAGUAUGACUACAUGACUGUAACUAUCUUAGAAGAUGUGCAGGAACUUAGUCUAGCUUUUGAAAGAUGUUCCUUUGUGUUUAUACCUAGAACUGAAAAUCAAAUCAGCCAUGAAUUAGCACAAUAUGCUGUGAAGCUUGUACAUGAAAUUGAAUGGGAGAAUGAUUUCCCAAUAUGGCUGACUGACUUAACUAGGACGGAUAUGAGGGUAGUAUCCCCUUUUUGUAACUAA